UGUCGUUGAUGUCAACGUGUAAACCAGGAACUCGGAUUUGGGAGAAGUGGCGUGUUGGCAUUGUGGAGACAUUUCGAUCCAAAAGUACAAUAAAACAGUUAAUUCCAUCGUCGCGUGCCUGCGUGCAUCAAGCACGCGCUUUGUCAUGCAGACACACCUCGACUAGCGACACAUUCUCGGUAAACAAAGAGCAGUGCUGAAGAAGGAGAAUGGGGAAGAAGGAUGCCACUGGGCCCAGAUUACCAGUUGAUCAAUACCGAAAACAGAUUGGUAAGCAGGACUACAAAAAGACAAAGCCAGCCUUAAAGGCCACACGGCUGAGAGCUGAAGCGAAGAAGAACUCCUCUGGAUUCAGGGAUGCGUUCCUGGUCAUCGCUGCAAUCCUGUUCUGUGUCCUCUGUGUCUACGCCUUCUUCUACCUCAACCUGAGUACCGAGAUGGACCUGGAUCUGGAUGUGGAUUAAGGAGAGGUCUCGUCGCUUCACCUCAUACACGAGAAGGGAACGCAGUCUGUCAUCUUUUUGACACACUUUUGGUGACGGUGAACUGCGGGGAUAUAUGAGAGUGCAUCAAAUAUGAAGAUCUACUUUCCCUUUUAUGUUCUGCAUGGGAGCAUGCAAACUAUAUGAUUAUUAUACUGACACUCGCACUGUGGUUUUACAUGCAAGUUUCUUCUGUUCUUUCCCCGAACCCAGAUCUGAGAGAGCAGCUUUGAUUCUCUUUCCUGAAAAAGUCGGUGACCUCGUGCUUUGUUGCACUUGUAUAACGUUCUGCUGCAAAAUCGACCUACAGCAGAGAAAAUGAGCCGCAUUUUAAUUAAAAUGUUCUUUUCAUAAGUCUUCCACCCUACAAUCGAGACCGAGCCUCCGUUAAUCAUAUUCCGCGGAGUCACGUCCCUCUGUUUUCUCCACUAAUAGAAAAAUGUAAAUCUCCUGCUGAACUUCUCGUCACAUGGAGACAAACACUUACCUCACAUUCCAGUGCACAAACCUCUCCUCCUGGAUAUCUGGAGAUCACAAAGUGUGAGAUUAGAAUCCACAAAGCCCUCGCCCUGAUUGAAUGUGUGUGCAGAAUACAGAACAACACAUUCUACCUGCCGCACAUACAGGCAGCACGGAGACACACAUCCACAGGAUUAGCAUUACAAAUAUGAUCCUGUCUUUUCAUUUGAAUGGAAAUUGCAGAGAUGAAUGACGACUGAGGAGAGCUGCUGUGCUUCUGUUAAGGAAUACCUUGAUUGAUUUUACGUCCUGUCAAACGUAGGACGUGAUGUGUCUGUAUGAAUGAGAAGGUUUGUCAAAGCCUCUUUAUCCCUACUCUUCUUGCACUAGUACUGCAAAGUGCAAGGACUGACCUUCCAAUUACCAUUACGUCAAAGCGCUUCCACUGUUCGAGAGAUUCUUUGGUCACAAAGAGCCAGCGGCUUUUGUUUAGUCCAUUUGCUUUAAACAUUUUUUUUAUCACUUUCUAUUCCUAUGACUAUCAAACACAAUACGGUCCUCUAAAAGGCAACAGAUGCUUUGUUUUGGAUAUGACUCUUUUAUAUUAGUGUAACGCAUAGAAGGCCAAUAUCAAAAACACAAGAGACCGGGUGACUUCUUUCAUUCCUUUUUUCUCCCAGUAUCUUUUAAAAGCUUGUCUUGUGUCUGAGCCUGACUGUGUUCUUUGGCUUCGAUGAAAGGGGAAACUGAUUUUGAGCUUUCAGUUUGUGUUCUUUUCUCCCAUGACCUCCUGACCUCUGGUAAAAGACUACAUGUCCAGGAAACCAUGUUGAUAAGUAUGCACUCGUACCCUCAGCCAAUGGCUUGUAUCUGGCGUUGGUACAUCCAGACCCCUCCUCCACCACUGGGUCACUCUCAUGUGUAACAAUAGAUAGGCAGAGAGACCUUCAUAUGUGACACCGGUUAUCUAAAAGGUCACCAUUACCAACUACAAGAGCUCUGACAUCAGCACAAAGGAAAGGUUCUAUUUAUUCAGACCCACAUUAUUGAAUUGGUUUGUAUGGUAUAUACACAUUUUUACAGUUUGCUUUGUCAUAAUGAUUUGGUUACAGGAUACUGUGUGAUAUAUUAUGAUUUAUCUUUGUUUUUUUUUACAACAUUGCUCUAAAAAUCAAAAUCAUGUAUCUUUGUAAUAUGAGUAAUGCCUAAAUGAAAAGAAGAUUAAAGGACCUUGUUUUAGUUUGU